AUGGGUUCUCUCCCCGCACCCCCGGCCCAAGCCGAGUACCAGAUCUUGGAGAAGCCAAGCCGAAGCGGAAGAAAGCUCCGCAUCGUGUGCCUCGGCGGCGGCGCCAGCGCCCUCAACCUAGCCCACGAAAUCGACACCUGCAAGACCCUCGACCUGGACCUCGUCUGCUACGAAAAGAACCCUUCCAUCGGCGGCACCUGGUACGAGAACCGCUACCCGGGCUGCGGAUGCGAUAUUCCCUCUGUCAAUUACCAGUUCUCGUGGGCGCCGUCCCCAGAGUGGACGAAAUUUUACUCGAGUGCCCCGGAGAUCCUGCAGUAUUUCAAGGAUAUCGCGGAGAAGUAUGAUCUCAACAAGUACAUCCGCCUCAACCACACCGUGACAGGAGCGUUCUGGAACGAGGGGAAACAGAAGUGGAGCAUCCAGAUCCAGAAGGCAGACGGCACCACAAUUGAAGACUCAGCCGACAUCUUUGUCAACGCCAGCGGCGUGCUUAACAAGUGGAAAUGGCCCGCCAUCAAGGGCAGAGAAACCUUCAAGGGCAAGAUGAUGCACAGCGCCAACUGGGAUAACAGCAUCGAUCUUAAGGGCAAGAAGGUUGGCGUGAUUGGCUCUGGUUCCUCUGCAGUUCAGAUCGUUCCCAAUAUUCAGCCGAACAGCGAAGAACAACACGAGAUACUUCGAAAAGACCCCAAGAAAUACCUCGCAUACAGGAAGAAGAUUGAGUCCGAGUUGAACUCCCGCUUCCGAUUCAUUCUCAAUGGCUCAAAGGAACAGGCCGAUGCCAAAGCGUUCGCGGCCGAAGACAUGCGCAGCAAGCUCGCCAGCAGACCGGAUCUUCAGGACCUCAUUAUCCCGAAGGACUUCGCGGUUGGCUGCCGGAGGCCAACUCCCGGAAAUGGGUAUCUCGAGGCGCUAUGCGAAGACAACGUGAACGUCGUCUCUUCAAGUAUCCAGGAAAUCACACCCAAAGGAAUGAAGACUGCAGAUGGAGUGGAACACGACUUCGACAUCAUUGUCUGCGCUACAGGCUUUGACGUUAGCUGGAGGCCACACUACCCUACGAUAGGCCGCGACGGCGUCAGUCUCAGCGAGUACUGGCGGGAUACACCAAACACCUACCUCUCCAUGACAGUUGCCAACAUGCCCAACUACGUCAUCUUCAACGGCCCUUACGGUCCCUACGGUCACGGAAGUUUCCUCCCCAUCACCGAAACGGUGGCGAGAUACGUGAUGCAAAUGCUCCACAAGAUGUCAGAGGAAGAGAUCUCCUCGUUCUGCCCAAAGCAGGAGGCCGUCAACGACUUCGCCGAGCACCGGCGCAAAUUCCUGCCGCGGACGGCAUGGACUUCACCAUGCCGAUCCUGGUUCAAGAGCGGCACCGUGGACAAGGAGCCCAUGAUGUGGCCGGGCUCGCGUAUCCAGUUCUUCGAGACAAUCGCCACCCCGCGCUGGGAGGACUACGACCUCAAGUACACGACGAGCAACCGGUUCGGAUACUGGGGUAACGGCUUUGCGCAACGCGAGCAGGAUGGUCGAGAUUUGACUUGGUACCUUGGACUGCUUGAUGGCGUUGAUGAGCAGCCUGCGCUGCCUGACGAGGAUUUUGAGGAGUUUCUCAUGAACAAAUAG